UCCGGAAGUUGCGUAGCAGUUAGCCAGCCGCUACUAUUGGGUUAAUAUUUACCAACAGUCUGGCGGUGUGAUUCUGAUUCGGUCUUUCGCUUUGUCUUUUGGAACUUUAAUACUUAAAAACGAUUGUGUUCCCUCGGUUGACGGACGGUGAUAUUCCUGCUAGAGCCCUUGUCAGAUGCAUUAAAUCUCAUUAUGGCUAUUCUGGAUGUGACAAGAGUGCUCACAUCCUUUAAGUAAGGAUGAUGUGGUCAUUAAAACUUCAGAAGAAGUCAUGUACCACAUUGUCAGCUUUGCUGGCACUGAAGAAGUGGAGGUUGUGCCUGUAAUCUGGGUGAAGAAUGGUGUGUGUUUAUGGCCUCCGUACGAGGGGGAACGAAUUCAGAGAGCAGCCAAGUGUUUGGAGCAACCCCAGGAGUCUUGGUCUGCCAAUAAAGUUACAAUUAUGUACACUGCAAAUAAUUACAGCGAAGCAUGCCGAAAGCUGCCUCUUGCAGAACAGCAGACCGAUCUCCAGUCCGUCUCCCGAAGGCCUCCAAACCGAAAAAUAAAACGAAACAGGCGCCUACUGGAUGAUUAUAACAGUGAUGAGGAGGCUACCACACCCCUGAAAAACAAUUUGCCACAAGCCCCUCAAAUACAGCCACUAUCUAAAAGGAUUCGUUCAUCUUCUGAUGAGCUACAACCAAGUCCUCUAGGACAAAGACAAAAACAGCCCUCUGUUUGGCAUCAAAAGUCCCCGGUUGUGACACGGGUUGCACAAACUUCAAGACCAUCCUUGUUUGAGAGAAGUCCAGAUAACUCUGAGUGGCAUGAAAAAACUCAAACAAGGCAAGCAAGAAGUUCAGCCAGAGCUUCUCGAGAUGCCACAGAACAUAAGAGUGAACUGACAUGGCCACAGGACACGACUGUACAGUCUCCCGAACCGGCGGCACAGUUCCCACAGCAUCAUGAAACACUCAGAGCCCAGAGAAAAGCGCUCUCGAGCUCUGACCCAUUCAUAACAUCACUUCUCCAUGACAUAAUAACUAAACAAGAGAUUCUUAUGGAGCAGCAGAGGAGCAUUAUAAGGAUGGUGCAAGAUCUCAAAGCCAACAGUGUCCGGGAGAUCACAGAGCCUAACCAUUUAAGUCCAAAAUGGUUUCCGAUGGAAGAUCUCAAGUCAGUCACUUCCCUGGAAAGUGAUCUUCGUUCCUGUCCGGAAACGAGACGUAAAGUGGAAACAGACCGAGGGAGUGGAGAAGAUGAAGAAUCCUGUCCCAUACAAAAAGGAGAUCAACGGGCACCAAAGAUGGGCAAACCCUGUGGUCCUAAAUGUGGAAAGAAAUGUACGGAGAAGAUCCCGCAUUCUCGGAGAAAAGAGAUAUUUGAUGCCUAUCAAGAUAUGUCACACCACGACAAAUGGGCUUUUGUAUUUCACUCCGUGACCCAAUCAUUGAAAACGCGUCUCACGACGGGAGGUCCCAGCCGACGCAACAAGACUUUUCAGUAUCAUCUAAAUAACAGUCUCGGGCAACCUCAAGAUGUUUGCAAAACCUUCUACCUAACCACACUGGGAUACCAUCCGAAAAACGACAGCAUGAUUGUCAGCGUGACGGGCAACACGUCCAGCGCUGUUCCUCCUCCGGACCGCAGAGGGCGACACCCACCUCCCAAUAAAAUAGAUCUGUCGCCAAUCCACCGACACAUUGAAUCAUUCAAUCCAACCAUCAGUGACCGGAAAUGUGAACACGCUGAAAGCAGGCGAUAUUUCUCAAGCGAUGUAACCGUCAUGAUGAUGUAUAAAGACUUUAAAGGCAAAAGUGCAAUUGCGUGUUCGUAUGAAACCUAUAGGAAAGCAAUAAGAGACAUGAAUAUAGGUUUCAAGAAACUGCACGAGGAAGAGUGCAAAAAGUGUCUGGGAUGUGAUAUUCACAUGAAGACUGAGCAUCUCUAAUGCAAACCGUAGCAAAUAAACGCUGUGCUCAAUGUUAAAUAAGAGCAUGAUACUACAUAAGCCAUGGUUUCACUUCACUAUUACUGUGGCCAAAGUUUUAGCUACAUUUUACGCCUCAGUGACCCAUUUCAGAUGUUUACAGUGUUAGAAAACAGAAAAAAACAUCUUCUAUUGAGACCGUCUUUGUCAUAUUUGCUGUUUUGAUUGGUUAGGUGGCAACAAUACAAUAACCUCAUGUACAAAUGUAAAAUUACCAUGUUUCACUUAGUUAUAAAGCCACUCUCUAUGGACAAACAAAUCUGAACUGACAGCACUUUUAUGAAUUAUUCACUGCAUCACAGUGACAUAUCUGAAUGUUUUCUAUGAAAAUGUGCAACUGCAAUCACAGAUGUCCAUUGGCCAGGUUCCUUUUAAGGAUGUCUUCUAGUAUGCCCUUGAAAGUGUGCAUACACUCCUGACUGAGAAGGAAAACAGAAUGAAGACUGUCAUCAUUUCCUCUAGUUUAGCAGUGUAUUUACUACAUAUAAGUGACAUGAAUUAACAGUCCAGUCAGUGACUUUACAUAUUUAUAAGACUGGCAGCAUCAUUUUCACAAAGUGGCCCAGUAAGUGAAAGAUUUCCACUUUGAAGCCCACCUGUUCCUGUUUUAGUUUCUGAUUGGCUGACUCGGGUUAAUGUGACCACAUGAGUUACCAAACAGCCAAUCCAGCGACAGCAGUGAGACAUGUGGCCAGAAUCAUCUGUACUGUGGACUGUUUCCAAAGAAACAAGAACAUGGAAAAAGGAAGUAUCUAAAUCACUAUUUACGUACAUACAUGCACAUAACUGAAUUCUCCCAUAAAUAUAAAUUCACUGAAAUGUACUUGCCCUCCGGCCAUCUAAGAUGUAGAUGAGUUUGUUUCUUUAUCAGAACAGAUUUAGAGAAAUGUUGCAUUGCAUCACUUGUUCACUAACUGAUCCUCUGCAGUGAAUGGGUGCCGUCAGAAUGAGAGUCCAAGAUGUAACCGAAUGUUUUCAUACACUACUGUACUUUAUGGAAUAUGUGCAUAAAAUGUCUGUACAGUGUAUCUAUACAUCGCAUCUAAUAUUCAUAUUAAUGUGUACAUGGGGCAAGCCAUUAUGAAAAAAAAUUCAUAUAAAUAAGGGUAAUAAAGGGAGUAAUAA